GGAGGAGGCCAGAUGCGGUUCGGGCUGUUGUGGGGUGCUGCACCACCGCCUCCCCAGCCCCAGCCCGCCGCUCCCGACAUCAAGCCCCUGUCGGCUCAGAAGUGGGAGGUGCCGGGGGCGGCUCGCGGCCGCAGCUGUGUGGUGUGCUGCGGGCAACGGCCCCGGGACCUGUACUCGCUGCUGCAGAGCAUGGGCUCCCAACCCGGAACUGCCACCGGCAAGACCAUCUUCCUUGCAGGCGGAGACCGGCCCGCGUGUCUGGCGGCGCUCGAGGUAGACGAGCAGUCGCCCGGCGGUGGCGGCGGCGCUUUGUCGUACAUUAGCUCCGUCGCCGUCAGCGUCUCCAGCGGCGUGCUGGGGCUGGCACGUACGGCACGCAAUGUGGCGGCGGCGCCGCUGGCGCUGCGAGACGGUCUCAAGUACCUCAUGAUGACGAACCCGCUCCAGCUGGCGGCAGCAGCCGUAGGCGCCACCUCCAGCGCUCUCACCACCCACACCACUGGCAGCAGCCACAACAGCCCUGCUCAGCCCCUGGCCGACUUUGCUGACGCCGCCGCCGGGCAGCGGGCGCCGGCGACCGGGCUGUGGCGGCGGCACCGCGACGACGGGCGCGCGGUGUUGUCGCUGUCCCCCGCGCCCCAUGGGUCGCUGGUGGCGGCAGUGGACAGCCUGGGCCGGGUGAUGCUGGUGGAGGUGGGCGGACUGCUGGUCAGCAGGAUGUGGAAGGGCUAUCGAGAUGCGCAAGUAGGCUGGCUGGAGGUGCCUUCCAGCCGUGUAGCUCGCUUCAUGCAACGACAACAACAACAACAACAACAACAACACCAGAAGCAUCCAGCUGACUGUCCCCGAGACCGCAACGACCAUCACCACCACAAGGACUCUCCUCCGCAAGACGGCUUCUCGCAACAACACGAAGACGAG